GAAGAGCGCAAGGUGUUCUGGUCGCAUUGGGCGGCAAGAUACGGAAGGGCAGAGAUUGUGCCUCACUUGGACAUCCUGUGUGGGGAGGAGGACAGCGAUCCCUGCAUGCCUGGUGAGGGAUUCACUCACCCAGUUGGCACGAUGGAUGGAUGCAUGACGGGCGCUUGGUGGUUGGUGCAUGUGGCUUGACUUGUCUCGUCGGGUGUGUAUGUGUGCAGGGUAUUGGCCGCAUGACGUGUUGGAAGCCCCGACACCCCAUUACUGGCAGAUGAACGUCCUGGACAAUGAUCACCUCAACGAAGGUAUACGUCUCUGUCUCAUGAACAAGUGUGUCUGUCUGUCUGUCGGCCUGUCGACCAUUAUCUUCCUUCCCUUUUCCGUGUUCGCAGCUCACCAGCACCUGGAUCUGCCGCUACACCACUUCAAGGAUAUCAUCUUCCACAACUGUCAUCGGGUGAGAGACUCCAGGGGUGUGUAUAACAUUGUCUAUGUCUUCCUCCCUCCCUCCCUCCCUCCCUCCCUGUCUGUCUGUCUUGUCUGUUUGUAGGACAUGUUCUUCCUUGAGGACGACGAGGUCAAGCAUGUUCAGUUGAUGGACGGUACCACCGCGCAAUUCCGCCCUGCGAACGUCGACAUGUGGUUAACGACGCAACUCCUGCUAGCCACGGAUGGCCUAGUUGCCAACACGAUCUUUCCUGCGCUCUUUUGGAACGGGAGGCCUGCAAGUUUUCCAACAAGGCGUCCCGUUCCCCCUUCCCGUUUCUGCGAACACCACGAGCGCUUUGGCCGUAAAAUGUGCUGGGACUCCAGGGCUCACCUGCAGGACUUCGAGGUCUCCAUGGUGAGAGAAACACACGUGGUAUGCCCUUCUCCUUUCCUCCAUGUGUGCACGUGUCUGUGUCUCUCUUACCCAUUGUGAUGGCAUCUCGGUCGAUGCGCGUCGGAAAAGGCCAUGCUCGGUAGGCAGCCAACUGUCAGGCAGACGAGGUGCUCGAAUGAAUGGAUGUAGUUGGACAUCUGGUGUCGCUGCUUGCAGAGCAGCAGCACGGGUGGCGCUACUUGGGAGGAUGGGAAACACAGGACUGGGUGGGCGACGCGGGAACAGAGGACUGGGUGGGCGACCGCGGCAUGACCAAGAAGUUCGGCACCAUCUUCCACAGCUGUGAUCACCCGGAGUUCGGACACCUCUGUCAGCACUUCUCUCCCACAGCCUGAGAGUCGACCGUCCGCUGUGUGUGUGAGAGAGAGAGAGAGUGAGAGAGAGAGAGAGAGGGAUUGUGUGCGAGCCUGAGAGUCGACCGUCCGCUGUGUGUGUGUGUGUGUGUGUGUGAGAGAGAGAGAGAGAGAGAGAGGGAUUGUGUGGAGGGAGGGAGAGAGUGAGAGAAUGAGUGAUUGAGAGGGUCGAGACAGAGUCGAUGGAUCAGCGGUGGGGGGGACGCAAAAGGCGCGACAUGACAAACUGAUCAACGCACCGAUUGUCUGAU